AUGGCUUUUGGUCAUCUGCUCAUGAUCUUCAUCGCAGUGCUGAUCUCCAACACAGCAUCCGUGUGCAAAGCUGAAAAUGCCGUCUCUGUGCAGACAGGAAGUUCUGUUCAACUGGACAUACAGACUGAUAAACUACUACCUUUUGAUACACUGGUCUGGAUGAAUCAUGAAUCAGAAAAUAUUGUGACAUUCAGUAAGAAAACUGUAGAGACAGAGAUUAACAACGACAGUGUGGUUUUCAAUCAGUCAACCUUCUCUCUAACACUGAAGAGCACGAAAAAGACAGACAGUGGACUCUACACAGCAAAAAUAUUUGGAUCGAAUAAUAUAAAUGUUGCUAAAUACAGAGUAUCUGUUAUAGAUCCAGUGGAUUCUCCUGUUCUUAACUGGAACGUCACCAUGAUCGCUGUUAACUCCUGUAUUGUAAAUGUCUCAUGUAGUGGGCAUGAUCGUACAAUCAGAGAAACCUACCAAAGCAACAACUGCAGCCAGAAGGAAAAUAUAUCAUCUGAAAUACAGACUCUAACCCUGUAUUGUAAAGAGGACAUAGUUAUUUGUAACUAUAGCAACCCAGUCAGCUGGAAGAAUGACACAAUACAGAUUAAACACCUCUGUACACCUUAUCAAAUUGCAACUGCUGUAACAUACUGCUCAUGCAAGAAUAAUAACAAAGGUGCCCAGCAGAAUGAUCAUACAAUCUAUGCACAAGUUCAGCCAAAGAGCAAAGUACAAAGACCCCUGGAGAUGUUGGAGAAAUCAGAGAAUCCUCAAACUGUGUGUGGAUUUACACAAGAACACAGACACCCUCACAAUACCAGUCAGACAAUGUCCAAUUCUGAGAUACCAGCGGAGAUGCAAAAAAACAACCACCCCAGCACCACCUACAGUACAAUUGGACAACACCAAACAACAUCGCUUGACACUGAAACGGACCAUACAGUUUAUUCAAUAGUGUGUAAAUCCUCAAAUGGCAGACCGCCUGUGAAUUAA